GAUUCCAGCAGAGCGCUGCCAGACUUUUGAGCUAAUCAUCUGUUCAACUUCGCGGCAUUUCACAAAUUAACAAACUUAAAAAAUUGAAAUGGUCAGAAAUAAAAAGAACAAGUAUGCCAUGCAUCCGCGCAAUAUUCUGUGCGUGCCGCCCGACUACACCAAGUUGGCCAUCAAAUACAGGGACUUCAGACAAGUCUGUGAAUUGGAGCUUACAGGCAAAGUCUCGGUUAAUUUUCGCAAUGAGAAGACCUUACGCGAACUGUCGAAGAUGCUGCUGAAAGAAUAUUUUCAACUAGAUGUGGAUUUUGCUCCCGGCAGCUUGGUGCCCACAUUGGCCUUGCGUUUGAACUACAUCCUCUGGCUGGAGGAUAUGCUGCUGCCGCUUAACUUGGAGACUGUAAGGGGCAUUGAUGUUGGUUGUGGCUCCUCUUGCAUUUACUCGUUGCUUGGCGCCAAAAAGAACGGCUGGAACAUGCUGGCCCUAGAGUCGAAGGAAGAAAACAUUGACUAUGCCCGGGAGAAUGUCAGGCGAAACAACCUGGAAGGCCUUAUUGAAGUCUAUGCCCAGCCAGACAAGUCCAACAUCUUCAAGAGCUACUUUGAGACGGAGAAACUGAGGAAGGAAUUUCACUUCUGCCUUUGUAACCCACCAUUCUUUGACUCAAACUCCCCCAAUCCGUUCGGGGGCAACACGCGCAAUCCCCAGAGACGGCCGGCGCCCAACAACGUGCGCACUGGCAGCGCCGAGGAGCUGACUUGUGAGGGGGGCGAGGUGCACUUCGUUCAGCGCAUCAUCGAGGAGAGCCAGCUUAACAAGCAGCGCGUGCUCAUCUUCACCAGCAUGCUGGGUGUUAAGGCGAGCGUGCCCAAGAUCCUGGACUACCUGAAGGAACGUCAGAUUACCAACGUUACCACCACGGAGUUUCAUCAGGGACACACCACACGCUGGGCUGUGGCCUGGAGCCACCAACCAACGCCCCUAAGCCCCGGAACACAAUGUAAUUGAGUUGCUUUCAACUGGGAAUAAACUUCAGCUGCAUCAGCUGCGCACACAACUGAACUCUGACCUUCACAUGGCCUGGUCUACAUAUGUUCUCCAACUACCUAAUGUGAGUCCAUCCAUUCCCUGUUUGGGCACUUCGUGCAGUCAAAAAGCUUUUCCUCUAAAUGGAUAUUUGCAUGUCAAUGCUCACUUUACUGCCACCCACCCCAAAUUAUCGUCCCGCUUUAUUUCACUGACCAAAGUUGACCCAACACCGCGGCAGCCCGGAACUAGACAAACAGCAGAGGGAAAAUGAACACGCACCCACACACACACGGGGACGGGAGCAGGUGCUGGCGUUGGCUUUUCCACACCUUUAGCCCCAGGAAUUUGAGCCGAAUAGCUGCUACUUUUAAUUGCUGCACAUGACUUGGGGUAGUUUACCAAAGUCCGGCAUGGAAUGCUCUUGCGAAACUCUAAAUUAGAAUGUUUCCCUUGCUAUAAUGCUAUCAAUUAUUUCUCGAACGAUCUGUGGGUGAUCUUGUGAUCGAGAGAGUCUUCUUCCGAAAAGGACUCCAAUGAGUACUCAGUCCAGAUCAUCACGAUCCAUACUUAAGAAUAUUUUCAGGAUACAAACAUGUGUCUAGAAAAUUCGUUAAAAGUCUUGAAUUUCUUGAAAGGGCAUCCACGUUUCUUUGGUCUUUCGUUUGCCUCUGACCUGUUUUCAGUUUGCUUUUGAGAAGCUUUUCCUGGCUCUGCUGUUGUUCCUUUUUGGCCAAUAUGUGUUCUUGUUGGUAUUGGUGUUGCCUUUUAUGGUAUUUCAACACGUUAAGGUGCAAAAAACAACGUAAUUAAAAUGCAUGUCGCUGGCUUUCAGUUUGAAAAGAUGGCUUCAGACUGCGUCAUGCGCCAGGGGUGCGCCCGAAGUUCUGUUUGUUGCUGUUGUGGAUUUUGUAGCCCCGAUGGGUGUGCUCUAGGGAUUCCCCCGGAAUGGUUCCCAUUCUUUUUGAUUUCGAUUGGGGCCUUAGUUGUUCUGGGUCCCCAGUGAGUGUUCUUUGUAAUUUUCUAGCUAUUAUCUUAAUUUCAGAUACGCUCCACCCUUCCGUACCCACUCACUGUCCGGGACACGUGUGCCCGGGGCUUGCCUCUCUUGUUGUACGUAAUUGUUAAUUAAAAGCGCCUCCAGGUCACGUCUUGUGGGUGUGAAUGGGGUUGUCCGUUGAAGGUGUCGACAUACAACCCGUAAAAACCCGAAACAUUCGGAUUUAUGGCGGCAAAGCUCCUUGUUCUUGUGGGUUCGACUCUUUUAUUGGCGCUCGUUAAACUGUUUAUAAAAUAUGUUUAUGGAUGGCCAUAACGCUAAAAUAAUAUGUCUGCUUGUAGAAUUGAGUUUGUAAUACAAUUUUAAUGUAUUGGGACUUGGCUUAGGCCUUUUGGGGGAGAUAUAAGUGAUUGCUGAGUCCGGACUCUGGAGAACACAAAUUGUGUUGAGUCAUGUCUUUGAUUAACCCAUUAAAUUUGAGGCUUUCCUCUUUCAAA